AUGAGUCUUAUCAACGAUGGCAACGUGGGGGGCAAGAAGGAAGCGCUGGCGGCUGGGGGCGCUUUGCCGAAGUUGAGUGGGGAAGCUCUUCUGGCCAUAGAGCCUUUCGAGGGCGUCUUCGGCAGCAAAAAAACCCGCAAGAGGCCCCGCCUGCAGGCUGCGGACUUGGCCACUUUGGCCCUGCAGGUGGGCAGUUGUCUUUGCCAGCUGAAGUGCUCUGGGCUGCAGCACUUCGAGCCUGCAAAGAACAGUCUGUGCGAAGGUCGGGCCCUUUGCAUGCAGGCUGAAGAGAAAGAAGCUGCUUUUCAGAAGUCCGUUUCCGCUGGAGAUGUGCCGGCAGAUGAUGCGGAAAGUGGAGGCCCCGUGGAGUUGAUAUUCCAAAAGGGAACGAGCCGCAGGAUAUGGGGAGAGUUGUACAAAGUCAUUGACGCGUCGGACGUCCUAGUGCAAGUUGUAGACGCGCGUGACCCGAUGGGAACGCGCUGCAGACGCCUUGAAAAGUAUUUGAAGGCGCACCGUUCGUCGAAGCACUUGGUGUUGGUGGAUUUGGUACCUCCCCGUGUUGCACGUUACUGGCUGCAGCAACUCAGCAAAGAAAUGCCAACGCUGCUGUUACAAGCCGACAAGAACAAGAAAAAUUUCGGAAGAAACCAACUCUUUCAGCUUUUAAGGCAGUAUGGCCAGUUGCUUUCGAAUAGAAAGCACGUAUCUAUUGGGUUUUUCGGAUACCCCAAUGUAGGAAAGAGUUCUAUUAUCAAUUUUUUGAAGAGUAAACAAGUAUGCAAGGCGGCGCCAAUACCGGGGCAGACCCGAGUGUGGCAAUACGUCGCUCUCACCUCCAAGUUGUACCUCAUUGACUGCCCAGGAAUUGUUCCCAUCAGCAGCGAAGCAGGAACCGACACCGACAAGGUUAUGCGCGGCGUUGUUCGUCCUGAAAGAAUCAAUGCCCCUGAGGAGCACAUUCAAACUGUUUUGGAGAAAGUCAAGAGGGAAGCUAUACUAGCCCGCUAUGGCUUAGAUUCCAAUAUUUCUUGGGAAGAUGCUGAAGAGUUUUUGUCGAUCUUGGCCGUGCGACUUGGGAAACUCAAGAAGGGAGGGGAGCCGGACAUCUCCACUGCCGCCCGCAUCAUGCUGUACGACCUCCAGCGGGGCAAGCUGCCGUACUACGUGCUGCCUCCUUGCCUAGAGGCUGAAGCUGCGGAGGCAGCUGCAGAGGCCGAUGGCACUCCGCUGGACGGAGCAGUGGCUGUGCCGGAAGGAAAUGCACUAAAGCUAGAUGGCAGCAACUCUGAGGAUUUAGCGGACAAAGAGGAAAUCAACGGCUGUGAAGAGGAAGACGGGACUCAGCGGCCAGACGACGACACUCAGCAAGGGGCUCCGGAAGUGUCUGAUAGCGCUGCAGCAGUAUCCACUUCUGAACCAAAUAAACGAGCCAGAAUCGAUCGCUCUAGUAGUUCAUAA